AUGUCGUCAGUCCAAGAAGCCAUGUUAUCUAAGUUUCUAACGCAAAGCUUAACAGCUUCCUCUUCGGUUCACCUGAACCGUCAAUUUCGACGGCGAUAUGUUGUUGCAGUUAAACUUCACCAACCCGAACAAGAAAAUCAAAGACAAGUGACGAGCAACAUGAUUGAAUAUGAAAUCAUAAGUAGAUUCAGAGUAAAAGUUGUUAUUGGGUAUAUUAACUAUUCGUAUUGGUUAAAAGGGAGUUGUCAACUUCAGUUGACCAGUCCGCCAGCCGAUGACUUACUGUCUCGGAAGUAUACACUACAGAAAUAUGAUGAAGAAUGUAUGAUGGGUGAUAUAUAUAUAAAUAUUGAUAUAUAA